CGAUCCUCCAGAUCCUGAGUCGCUGGGAUGACCGGCAUGAACCACCGCACCCGGCUUGGCUGUGUCCAUGAUCAUCUCUGCAACUGUCCCAGGAUCCCCCAGGGCACUGGGCCCCCCACGACCUGGAUCAUCAGCGCUCUAGAAAGUGGAGAAGAGACCUGGGGGAUGGGGAGGGCCAGCCGCUGGGGCGGCCCUGUGGUGGAAUUUGCUCUCCUCUUUUGCAUAUGGACUGAUUGAUGGAGCCCAUGACAGACAUCUCCUGCCUCUACUCCUGGGCCGCCCCUUCGAGCUCCGUGUGGAUAAAUAGUGCAGCGCAGGUGGACAGGAGGAGCCCAGAGAAGGGGUACAGGGGGCCGCUCAGGGCUCAAGCUGGGAGCCCAGGAAUCCAGGCGGGCCCUACUCAGAGAGCGCCUGGCAUCAUGGGGUCGCACAUGGACAGGGCAUAUUUUGUGGGCCAUCACUGGCUUUACUUCUCCGUGUACCUCGUGGCCUUCAUGGUGGGCCUCCCGCUCAACCUGCUGGCGCUGGUGGUGUUCGUGGGCAAACUCCGCCGGCGCCCGGUGGCCGUGGACGUGCUGCUGCUCAACCUGACGCUGUCCGACCUGCUGCUGCUGCUCUUCCUGCCCUUCCGCAUGGUGGAGGCGGCCAGCGGCCUGCGCUGGCCUCUGCCCUUCAUCCUGUGCCCGCUGUCCGGCUUCCUCUUCUUCACCACCAUCUACCUCACCUCGCUCUUCCUGGCGGCCGUGAGCGUUGAGCGCUUCCUCAGCGUGGCCUACCCGCUGUGGUAUCGAACCCGGCCCCGCCUGGGCCAGGCCGUCAUGGUCAGCGUGGGCUGCUGGCUGCUGUCCGGGGCCCACUGCAGCGUGAUCUACGUGGCGGAAUUCUCUGGAAACUCUUCCGAGAGCCAAGGAAGCAAUGGGACGUGUUACCUGGAAUUCCGAGAUGACCAGCUGGCCGUGGUGCUGCCCGUGCGGCUCACCAUGGCCGUGUUGCUUUUUGGGGUACCCCUGCUCAUCACCAGCUAUUGCUACGGGCGCCUGGUGUGGCUGCUGGGCCGGGGGGCCAGCCGGCGGCGGAGGACCCGGGUUUUGGGGCUCCUGAUCGCCACGCUGCUCAACUUCAUCGUGUGCUUCGGGCCCUACAAUGUGUCCCACAUAGUGGGGUUCGUGCAGGGGGUGAGCCCCACCUGGAGGGGCUACGUGCUGCUGCUCAGCACCCUCAACUCCUGCGUGGACCCCCUCGUCUACUACUUCUCCUCCUCCCGCUUCCAAGCCGACUUCCAGAACCUUCUGCGGAGGCUGCUAGGGGGCAGGAGCCCCCUGGCUGUGGAUAGCAGCCUGGAGCUGAAAGGGAAGGGGGGAGGGGGGCAGAGAGAGGCCUGA